AUGGACUUGGAAGCCCCACCCACACUCCUGCAGCUGGCUGCACAGUGCACGGUGAGGAAGGAGGUGCUGACCAUCUCUGAUCUGCAGGACCUACCAAUGAAGCUCUUUCCACCACUAUUCAAGGAGGCUGACAUUCAGAGAAAAGCAAAGAUGAUUAAGCUCCUGGUGGAGUACUGGCCCUAUCCUAGGCUUCUUGUUGGUUUGCUGAUAGUUAAGCCCAACUUGGAGACUUUCCAGGCUAUACUGGAGGGAGUUGGCACAUGGCUGAAACGGAAGUAUCGUCCCAGGAUGGGGAAGCUUCAAGUGGUUGACUUGAGGAAUGGACACCAUGACUUCUGGGAUAUGCAGGCUGGAAGAGAGGGUGGAGACCAGUUAGUAGAAACUAUGCCUGAGAAGCAAGAAGUGGAGGGCCACUCAAGGAGGCAGCAUUUGAGGGUGUUCAGUGACCUUUCCUUUAAGUCUUCUCGGCAUGAAGAUAAACAGCAAACACAUUUGUUGCAGUGGGCAAAGGACAGAGAGGGUUUCCUGCAUAUGUGCUGCGAGAAGUUGGAAAUUGGAGCAUUAGAAGUGUCCAAGGUCAAGAAGGUGUUAAAGCUUUUACAGCCAGAGUUCAUCAAGGAGUUGGAACUGAAUACAGUGGGGAAUCUGUCCAAAUUGACAAAACUUGUACCUUGCAUAAGCAAGAUGAGAAAUCUUCAGAAACUCAUGCUAGUGCGCAUCUUUGGAAGACAUACUUACACACCCUUGGAAGAGAGGAAUGUCACCAAGAUCCUUUCUUUGUUCCCCAAACUCAGCUAUCUCCAGCAUCUCACUAUUGAUGAUGUCUAUUUUCUCAGAGACCACAUGAAUGAAUUGUUCAGGUGCCUGGAGGCUCCCUUGUUGUCCCUGACCAUCACUCGGUGCCAGAUCUCUCAGUCAGACUUGGAGUCAUUUGCCCAGCAUUGGAACUACGGUCAGCUUAAACAUCUGUGCUUGAAAGGUGUCUGUUUAUCUACAUUGAAUGUCAAACCUCUCAAAUUUUUCUUAGAGAGUGUUGCAGAUACUCUGCAGACUCUAGAAUUAGAAGACUGUAGGAUGGAGGACUCUAACCUCAGGAUCCUUCUGCCUGCCUUGACCAAAUGCACCCAUCUCACUAGCAUCAAUUUUUAUGACAAUAACAUCUCCAGGGUUGUUCUGCAGGAUCUUCUGCACCGCACAGCCAACAUGAGCCAGCUGACCAUGGAACUGUACCCUGCCCCAUUAGAGGUCUAUAAUGUGUGGAGUUAUUAUGUUCAAGUAGAGAAAUUUUCUCGGCUUUGUGCUGAGCUCAUGAACACACUCAUAACUGUAAGACAGCCCAAGUCAGUCUGCUUUGGUACCUAUUCCUGUUAUGACUGUGAUACACGUUGUAUCUAUGGAAAUCAGACCACAUUUUGUGAAUGCUUGGAGUAAGAACAGGAAUACUCCUGUGUACGAAGAAAUGAAUUCCUAGGGACUGGUCCUUGUCCAGAGGGCCCAGAACACAUGGUUUUGGUCAUUUCUCAGUAUGAUGCAAACAAUGGUCCAAACUCCUGUCAGGACAGUCUUCACUGGCUUUCUCCUAAUUAUGAAGCCAUUGUCAGAUCCUGAGAACCUGAUAUUCUCUCUGUGGUAUGCUCAAUUAAUUGGUUCUCAAGAUUAUAGUUAGGACAGUUCUUUGACUGUACACAGAGAUGGAGGGAUACUGUGUUGUCUAAGCUUUUGUCCCUUAAGAACUCUCAACGUG